UCCUUUCUGGCAGUCAAGUUCUGCCAGCUGGCAGAUGUCUUCAUCGGGCCGACCAUUGGCUUGUGCGGGAUGAUGUCACAUUGGUCAAUUGGUUCCAUCAAUAUUUACACCGACACGCGAAUCUGCCUCUGAUCAGCAGGAACAAACCUCGUCUUCCCGCGAUAUUUCCAGAGCCAACAUGCUUCCGCCUAUUGAAGAAGCUGUCCUGGAGAACAACCCCGAGUUCGCGGCCCUCUACCGGACCCUAACGACCGUCAUUCUCAACCCUGAUGGGUCCACCAAGAACGACCCCGCGAUGAAGGAGCGUGAGACGGUGCGGGAGGAGUUGAAGAAACACCGCCUGAAGGCAGCAAAGCGCCACCUCUUGAUCGAUGCUAUUUCCACCGCCUACCCGGGCGAAUCCCCCAAGCCAGCACGAAGACCAAGAGCGUUAUCACGGCCCGAUACCACCACAUCUGAACUCCCGCCAGAGCUACUCGACCUGCUUCUCCUCCUCCCACCACUCCUAACCACAUCGACACCCCUGCCCGCCGAGUCGACCGCCCUCCUCCUUACAAGCCCACCACUCUGCAACCUCCCGACCCUCCUCCCGCAGCUCACGGCCCUAGUCUCCACCGCCCUCCACACCUCAGCAGUGCACCUCGCCCGCCUCGCCAGCCCAAACACCAACCCAUCCUACAUCCACCGCGCAAUCCCCACCCUCCCCACCCACGCCGCAACCCAGCUCCGCCUCCUCGCCGACGCCAAAGCCGCCCUCACCGCCACCACCACCACCACCACCACCACCACCACCUCAUCCUCACCACUGCCCCCACCACCAUCCUCCUCCCGCCCCGCCGCAGCAGCAGCCCUAACCCGCCUCCUCCGCGCCCACGCCACCGCCUCGGCAGCAUGCGCGCGCGCCCUGGAGGCCAAGCACGGCGGCGCAUCGCGGGCGCUGGAGCUGCGGGCGGCGGCGGCGGCGGCGGGGUGUCGGCGUUCGGCGCUGGAGGCCGAGGCGGCGGCGUGGGUCGCGCGGCGGGACGCGUACCCGCCCGAGGCGAUGGCGGCGCUGGGGGCGUACGCGCGGCACCUGCGGGACGGGAGGGGGAGGUUGAGGGAGGGGGUUGCGGGGUUGAGGGGGCAGUUGGGGGGUUAUGGGGUGGGGGAGGGGGGGGACGGGGGGAAGGAGAGGACUAUGAGGGAGAUGGCGAGGGUGUAUAGGGAUAUGGAGAGGCAGGUUGAGGAGGUGAGGGCGGAUUUGGAGAGGUUGGGGAGGGCUUGAGGACGAUGCUUGGGCUGGACGUUAAACAUAGCAUAUGAUAAUAAGUAUAACAGGGGGGCUCAAUCAGUGUUCUAUGGCGCCGUCGAUGGCAUUGCUCUUUGACCAAUCUACCUGUGCCUGUAUUGUAUGUACAAAAUAGGAAA